CACUUUCUGUUUGGUGACAGCGGAGGUGAUUCCUAGGAUGGCGAGCCAAACGAAGAACAGGGCUCUGAUCAUUGUCAAUUACAAUUUCCACGGAAGAAAUGCAGAAAGCAAACUCACCUCAAGACCGGGAGCCAGGAGGGAAGCAGACAGGAUUUUCAAAGCAUUAUCCAAGUGCCAUUAUGCCGUGAAAAUUCACCUUGACUUGACAGCUAAAAAAAUAGAAGAACUUUAUGAGGAAGAAUGUCACGCAGAUCACGGGGAGUUUUUUGUAAGCAUUCUGUCCAGUCACGGAGAAGAAGGGAUUAUCUAUGACUGCGAAGGACAGCCAGUUCAGCUCAAGCGUAUUUUCCAGAUAUUAGAACCUGAGAGGUGUCACAAACUGGCUGGGAAACCCAAAAUCUUCUUCAUUCAGGCCUGCCGUGGAGUGGAAAUUGAUCAAGGUGUUUGGCUGCAGACAGACAGCGGUGAAGCACAGACUGAGUGUUUCUCACACUAUCUCUCCAUUCCUCAAGACACUGCAGUGAUGUAUUCUUGCAGUCCAGGCUACGCUUCGUUCAUCAAUCGGUGGGAAUCCAUGUUCCUCAAGGCCUUGCUGGACCUGCUAGAAGGAGAGGAAUGCCAUCUUGAAGUUGCCAGUUUGAUGACCCGAAUUAGCGGGACAGUCGCCUUGCAGGAAGCGAAAGGGAAAUACAGAGGAGGUAAAGAAAUGCCCUGCUUCGUCACCAAGAUGGUGAGAGAGGUGUACCCCUUCUCACAAGGAAGACAGGCCCCAGGUGAUCUCUCCAGUUCCACCAGGGAGUGUAGCAGCAACGAAGUGUAAGGAAUCAGCCGCAUUCCUUGUCUGGACAAGGACUCCUGUGAAGCCAGGAAGCAGCUCCACCAUGAGAAACGUGUGAUUGUUGCAAACUGGGCAAUAAUGGCCUUUUUGCUCUCCAAUGAAGGGUGAAUAACUCAAGCACAUCUGAUAGGAUGGAGGUUUAUAGUACGU